GAUGGCGGCGCCCAGCCUGCUGCGAGGGGGACUGAGGCGAUUGUUCACCGGGCUUUUCGGAAACGGCUGGGCCUCGCCGCCGGCCCGAGCCCUCCGUGAGGUCGUGGAGGUGACUGAAGGCAACACGACCACAAUUGAAGGGAGGAUUAUAGAGGAUGCUGAAACACCAACUCCUCCAAACCCCUCUGGCCAGUGUCCCAUCUGUCGCUGGAACCUGAAGCAUAAGUACGAUUAUGUGGACGUCUUGCUACUGAGUCAGUUUAUCCGUUCUGAUGGAGGGAUGCUGCCACGAAGGAUCACAGGCCUCUGUUUGGAGGAGCACAAGAAGAUUGCUGUCUGUGUGCAGAUGGCUCACCGUGCAGGUUUGUUGCCAAACCACAGGCCUCCACUUCCUGAAGGGCAUAUUCCCAAGAAACCCAGGCUCAACAGGUAUCUGACCCGCUGGUCCAUCAGAUCUGCAAAGCCCAUCUGGAGGAGGGGCCCUAAGUGGUGCAAAAAACCCAUGCCAGUCGGACACCCUUUGCUGAAAGAUAAUGUCAAAUAUACACAGAAGCCUCUCUGUUUAAACCACUAGUGAC